CUUUUAAAACCAUUUUCCAGAUACGAUGUGGCACGCAGUAAGCUGUGAGACAAGGGCUGGGCGGUGAGGAAAAGGAGUCAGUUCCUCUGAGGGAAAAGGAAGAAAGAGGAAACAGCUUGCUCCACCCACUUCUCCUUCCCAGCCAACCCUGGAUUUCCUUCUCCAAUCCUGGCUGGGCUGAACUCCGUCUCCCAGCACCUUCAGCAUUGAAGUCUUUUGGCUGCUGCAGUCCAGAGUUCAUUCUGUGGGGAUGCUGCUUUUCCAAGCGCUGCUCCUACCGUGGCUUCUCUGCCAUUGGGCAGACAGUGCAGAUUCUCACACCUUCACCAUGUUCUAUCUUGCCCACUUUCCAAACAGUAGUUUUGUGGAAUUCAUAGGUAAUGCCACCCUGGAUGGGAAGCUCACCCACAGUAUGGAGGGGGGAAAUGAGCAGCUAAAUGUGAGCCAGCGACACCCACUGGAGCCUUCACAUGUCUGGGAGCAGAGAGUGAGCAACUUGAGUCAAUACUUGCAGAAGUUCCAGCAGACUGUCCAAGUGCUGACUUUGGAGAGGAAGGUACCAUAUCCAUUACAGGUACAGUGCACCAAAGAGUGCCUGCUCUUCAACACUGGUGCCACCAACAGCUCUUCCAGGGUUGUACUCAAUGGAAUUGGCUUCCUGAGAUUCCAGACAGACAGUGCUAGCUGGAUACCUUUGCAGGACACUCCUCUGGCCAGCUUUGCCAGCAGCUGGCUGAACAAAUACAAUGAGACCACCAUCAGCAUAAAGCACUUCCUACAGGAAACAUGUAUUGGCUUUCUGAGAGAGCACACAGAUGUGAAGGGAUCCUUGACUGGGAAACAGAAGGGACGCUCACACACCUCACUGGUCCUGGGCAUCACACUGGGUGCCCUUGCUCUAAUGGGCCUCACUGUUUGCAUCUUCAUAUGCACAGGCGGAAAGAGAUAGCACCAAGGACAACAACAUUAUGUGGAACAGCAGCUCCCCAAGUGACCUUAGCCAAGCUCACUGGAAAGGAAUGAUGCAGACCCAGAUGCUUCUGUUUAAUUUGUUUAUGAAGAAACAAACUGACAUCUGUACUAACCUGUGUUCCUUCCUUCAUACCUACCUGUAAGAGGAGCUCUAGGACAGUAACAUGACAACCACCAUCACAGGGACCUUUGCUUCUCCUAUGAAUGUGCUCUCCAAAAGCCUUUGCCCCCUGCCCCUCCAACCAUAUUAAUGGGCAGAGGGCACACAAGUUUCAGAGGACAGCAUAUAACAUACACGUUGCUGGACCUCUUCCUGCUCUUUGGGGAUUUCCACCCUCCUCCCUUGCCACUGACGCACCCGGUCAGUGGGAAGGAUUACUGCAACGAUUUAAGAUGUAUUUCAUUCAAACAGUGUGAAAAGCAUUAAGAUGGGAUUCGUGUACAGUUUUAAAAAUUGAAUUUACUGCCAUGUGAUGGUGCGAUAGCCAUUGGCUUAAACUAUUUUAAGAAGGGGGUUAGGCUUAUUCUCUAAGAAGUUGACUAUCAGUGGCCAGUAGCCUGAAAAGCUAAAUGGAACCUCCAUGUUCAGAGGCAGCAUGGCACCAGAUGCUGAGGGGGCCAAAGUCGGAGGUCGGGUGGGUGGGUGCAUGGCCCUGAGGCAGCUGUUCCCACUGCACCUGUUGGUGGGCCCUUAAGUGAAAAUGAGCCCUCAAGUCCCAGGGCCAUGCGAGCACAGAGUGCUGGGAAGUGUAGUUCUUUCCACCAAAGCUUUAGGGUAAGCCUUACAAGAUGGCAUUGGGGCAUGACAGGGCUCAGUUUCCCUUGAAGGCCCAGCCGCUGAGAAGAACACAGCACUGUGCGAAGGCCAGCAUGGUGGGAAAUGGCUCUCACAUCAAAGGGUGUUUUUUGUUUCGCAAAGCAACCCCCAUUUAAAUAGUGAAGAUCACAGUUCUAUAUGAUGUAAAGUGACAAAUUUCAAUGAAGGCAGAUCAUCCAGUGUAUCAGGAGUACUUGAUGGCUAUGUGGGAGUUUGAGGGGAAUUCAGAGUAGGAGAGAGGCCUGUUUUAGUUAAAUGGAUCCAGGACAGAAACAGAGCUGGAAGCUAGAAAUUGUUUAAACAAGCUCCCUGCACACAAUCCACAAGGGUUCUACAUAACCUUUGCAGCUGCUCAAGUCAGUCAAGCUGUUCCAAGGUAUGUUCGACUUUGCAGAAUAGCAGACUUGUGCUUUUCCAUUGUGAAGUUGCAGGGGCUUUGAAAAGUAGUUUCUGAAGCCCCUGCAACUGAGGUGUCUAUUUCUGAACCCAAGCCCAUAAGAACAUUUCCAAGAAGAAUAAGAGAAUGGUGGGAGGUGGAUUGUUUUCUGAAUGUAUCAAAUGCUGGAUAUUUUGUAUAAAAUGACUUCAAUUUGUAAA